AUGGUGGCCAAGGAGCAUAAUAGAGCACCCAAAGUCGGCAACUUCACAGCUCUGCCUAAGCUGUCACCGGCUCGGGGCCAACCCCUAGCGCCGGUUACUGCUCGUACUCACAGAGAUACCGCUGGCCACAAACCGUCUGGGUUUCUCUCGAGUCGGGCCCACUACUCAACGACAACUAACAAAGACCUUCACAGUGUGGUGGACCGUGCCUUAGAGGAGUUCGGUUCUGGGAGCACGCCCAUUGAAGAAGUUAAGGCUAUUCUCGCUGAUGUCCGUAGACAAUACGAUGAAGUACAUGCUGAGGCUGAGAGGAAGGAACGCGAGCUCGAGCAAUUGCGCGAUAAAAUACGAUCCACUGACGACGUCUCACAGGUCGACGUUGACGAUGUGUUUCGCAUGGAAGCUGGCAGAAAGAAGUUGGAGGAUCGACUUGCGGAAGUAUACGCUCAAAUCGAAGAAGCUAAAAUGACAAAAAAAGUAUACGAACAUAUGCUGACGAGGAUCAACAAUGAGUUCCUCCAUAUGCGCGAACAGAUGUUGAAGAUGGACAAGCUCCUGAAGCGCAGAAAGGCGGAGUUCAAGGGCAAGUCUGCGAUGGCUCGUAGAGCCUCUGAGCAACGACAAACUGCAUCGAAGGAAUACGAAAAAGCUCUUGCGGAGCUGGAGGAGGCGAGGACCGCUAGAGAGAAUGCACUAGAGGAAAUGAUGGGUUCGUUACAGUCGGCUGAGGACAGUAUCAGGAGGCGAGCCGAGAUAGAAAACUGGAGGCGUGGUGUUGCUGUGGAAGCAGCCAAUGAAGCCUUCAACGCGACCGCUGGCCGUCUACGUAAGCUGUGGGUUAUGGAGAAGCUCACCGGUAACUGUCUACAGAAAGCCAUGGUCGAACAGGUGCAGAGGUCUCAGGCAACUGAGGAUGGGUUCCAGAAGAUCCGAGAGGUUACUGGCCUCAACGAUGUUAUGGAUAUAGUCCAUCGCUUCCUCAACCGUGAGAUCGAACAGGAACAGUUGAGGCAAUUCGUCGCGGAGGCCGAAGUAGAACUCGAAGAGGUGAAGGAAGAGAAUGCCAGGCUCUGUAAGGAGGUGGCAGAUGCGAACUUGUUUGUUCCUGACUCCCUCGGGAAACAGCUCCCAGAUCCGCUCACGAACGAGGAACGGAGUCUGUACAUGGAACUAGAUGAACGCGAACGGGAACUCGUUGAGGCUACUCAAGCUUACAACACGUCCAGAGAAAGAUUGCAAAAGGCCAGGAUCGACGCUGAGAUCGUCCGCCGUUGGGCCGAGAGGACGAACAAAUCAUUGGGGGCAUUCGAGCAGCCGAUGGAGCUCUCCCGUCCUCAUUGCUAUCAGACUUUGGCCAAGUACUUCGACAGACUCCCAAAGACUAUCCAGGCCUUUUGUGAGCAUGUUAAGAAAGAGUACGAAGCAGGACACAUAAAAGUCAAGAGCCUUACAGAAGCGCAAUCGAGAGCGAAAAGGGAGCAAAACAAGCUGCUUGAUGAUAAGGAGUUUGGCCGUGUGAACUGCCGUGUUCGUCCGGGUACAGACCCAGAAUGCAAUGGUCGCAAACGUGAAACCGCUAAAGUUUCGACUGAUGAUGACGAUGUUGAAGAUCCUCGCUUUACAGCUGAGAGGGCCGAGCUCAAGGCGAGCAGUACGAGCAAAAUCGAGGAGGCGGAAAAGCAGUUAAAAAAGUGUGUAUGCUCUGACGACCUUAUCUGUUAUGGUUAA